CCAAAGUUAGCUCCGCCUCAACUCACCGCCAUACUUCACCACUAUAAAUUGAUAAAUUCUUGAUCCUCAGCAUAUUUUAAAUAGUAACAAGUGAAGAGAUCACUUAGUAUCAUGGUGAAAGUUGAUGAAAUUGUUGAGCCUUGGGGUGAUCCUAUGAGAGAGUUGUUAGAAGUUGAAGAAAAUAUCAGCUACAAUGAUCUGAAGAAACGGAUGUGGAAGGACCGGAUGAAGUUAGAGAAGCUCAAAGCAAAGCGAGACAUGAGCUCGUCUAAGGAUGAUAGUGAUGAAACAGAAGCUAAGCAAGAAGAACAAUCUCGUCGCAAAAAGAUGUCAAGAGCUCAAGAUUCAAUUCUCAAGUACAUGGUUAAGAUCAUGGAGGUUUGCCAAGGUCAAGGUUUUGUAUAUGGAAUAGUGGGGGAAAAGGGGAAACCGGUUUGCGGAUCAUCGGAUAGUUUAAGAGAAUGGUGGAAGGAGAAGGUGAGAUUUGAGCAGAGUGCCCCUGCUGCCAUUGCUGAUUUCUUGCCCAAAUUAGUAGAGGACAACAUUAUAUUGGAUACUUCCUCACAUAUUCAUCACUUGGAAGAUUUGAGAGAUGGUACUUUAAGCACACUCCUUUCUACCCUCAUGCAACAUUGCCACCCUCCACAAAGGAUUUUCCCUUUAGAAAGAGGAUUAGCCCCACCUUGGUGGCCUACAGGGAAGGAGCUCUGGUGGGGUGAUCAGGGAUUAUCUCAAGAACAAGGUCCACCACCUUAUAGGAAGCCUCAUGAUCUCAAGAAGGCAUGGAAGAUAACUGUUUUGGCUGCAAUCAUCAAGAAUAUGACUCCCAAUUUAGAUAGAAUGAGAAGGUUUGUGACACAGUCCAGGAGCUUACAAAAUAAGAUGACAGCCAAAGAAACAGCCACUUGGUCUAAAUUGGUUAACCAAGAAGAAGCUCUUGUCAAUUUAACCGACAAGUCUCUCAAGAUCUCAUCAUCUCAUAAGGAAGAAGAUCUUUCUUUGGUUCACAAGAAUGUAUUUAUCGAUAAGUCUGCUCGGAGGAGAAAAUACAAGAGGAAGUGCAACUUUGAGCAUGACACAAGGUGUCCGUAUCGCGAAAAUGGUGGUUUGAAUGACCAAGAAAGUAUCAAUUGUGAGGACCAACUUGAAGCACAAACGCUGCCACGUGAAGAAUGGAUAGCUAAAGAAGAAGAGAUUUCUCCACAUGAUUGGAUGAACAUGGAGAUCCAGAAGAGCUUCAACAAUUAUGAUGCACAAUUUACUGCUUGUGGUGGUAUUCAGAAGAAUUUCGAAAGCUAUUCAGGAGAAAAUCAUGUCCUUGAACAGCUUCUCUCUGAUCCAGAGACUUGUGGAAGCAUAAACAUAGAUGGAACUCAAUCAGAAGCUGAGAUUGCUACUUCUAUAUGGGAAUUUUAGUAGGAAGAUAGAUUGAGCAGUGCACUAAUAUAAUAAGAGUUGUUGCUAGAAAGACUAAUGUUUUGUUGACUGCAUUUCUUCUUUAAGAAAUUGAGUUAUGAACACAAAGAGAAAACAUGGACAUAGAUAAUACCCU